AUGAUGGCCGCUCUUCAGAGUCACAGUCGCGACGAGGUCACAUCGACACCGUCGACACCACCCGAGGAUGACACGAGCAAGUCGACUCCCAGGAUGACGCUAAGCAACAAAGAGGAACACGCCUCGACGACUUCUCCAUCGCUGGAGCAUGUCGCUUCUAGAGACGAGACAGCGCUAUCGCCUUUCGCCAUCAAACGCAGUCAAUUCACGGCUUUGACGAAGAAGAACUGGAUCGUGCUGAGGUCAUACUGGCUUGUCAAUGCCCUCAGAUGUCUCAUCAUUCCGAUAGCCUAUUACAUCUUCUUGGGCUUCGCCAAGAACUUCUUCAACACCACCAACGACCUCGGGCUAGGCGCUCCAGCAACGAUCCGUCAGCUCUCUGACACCAUCGGAUCCAAGCCGAUCUACUGGCUUGACGCACGCACCUCAACGACUGGCUCAAGGUUCUCUGCGCAACAGAUCAUCGACACCAUUCUGGAAGAUUUGCAGCCCAGUCAGCGCUCACUUGUCAGACAAGUCCGCGACGAUACUGAGCUCGGUCUCGCCUGUCCACAAGCCUUCAACGGACUGAGCAGUUGCUUUGGCGCCAUCAACUUUCAAAACAUCACUGAACAGGGCAGCGUCAGCUAUACUCUUCGGCAGGACCCCGGUCUGACUCGCGUCAAAGUCAGCACAAACAGCGGAGAUGCCGAGACCAGGACCCUGCCGUUGCAGUUCGCCGUUGAUUCAGCCAUCCUUCAGCUGAACGGCGCACCCGCUUCCUUCUACGCUCAACCACCUCUCGAGCAACCUUAUUCGGCGCAAACCAAUGCUGAGCAAUCAGAGACCCAACGAACAGGCUUCCUCAACGGCGUCGACCAGCUCAGCGUACUUGCCUUCUUCAUUGGCAUGCUUGGUAUCGUCUGGCAUCUCCCUUCCUCCGUCAGCGAAGAGCGUGGUUCCGGCAUGACCGCUCUCCUCACCACCAUGGGCUGCGGUCAGCUUCCUCGUCUCCUCUCUUGGCUCUGCGGUCCCGGUGCUGCCUAUCUUCCAGCUUGGUUCGUCAUGGGAGGUGUCCUAUCCGCGACGCUCUGGACCACCAGCAACAAGGCGCUCUGCAUCUUUGCCCACGUCUUGCCCGGUCUAGCCAUGGCCAGCUGGUCACUCUUCGUGGCGACCUUCUUUGCACGCGCAAACGUGUCGAGCAUCAUCACCACCGCCAUUGCGAUCCUCUUCGCCAUCGUCGCGCUCAUCACCAAGCAGAUCGGGGAAGGCGGUGGAAUCAUCAUCGGCUUGCUCUUCCCCUCGGCUUCGUUCGUCUACGAGUUCAUCGCCAUCUCUGCCUACGAGGAAAAUGGUCUCGCUGCUGAUGUGCUUGGGUCACACGAUGACUUCAACAGAGGACCCUCGAUCCUUGGUCAGAUCAUCGUGCAAAUUAUCGCCAUCUUCCUUUUCCCGGCACUCACCAUCCUACUGGAACGCAAACUCUUCUUCGCAGAGCCCUUCUUCAAGUGGUUGUUCCGACGUCGCUCCUCCUCGGCGCCUGUUGAGGGCUCGAGCUACUCAGAGAAAGCGAACUCAACCAAGGGGAUGACACCGGCUUUGAAGAUCAACAACCUGGUCAAGAAGUAUGGCAAAAAAGAGAGCAGCCUGGCUGUCGACGAUCUGGACCUCGAGGUGCCGCGUGGCAGCAUCACAUGCUUGCUCGGCUCGAAUGGCUCUGGCAAAUCGACUACCAUCGGCAUCGUCAGCGGGACGGUUCGCAAGACCUCAGGCGAGGUCUACAUCGACGGCUUUGAGCGCGGCGCUGCUCCACCUGGACUGCUUGGUGUCUGUCCGCAGAAAGAUGUGCUCUUCAACCAGCUCACCUGCCUUCAGCAUGUCGAAUUGUUCCGUGCCAUCAAACAUCGUCGUGGUACCAAAGAGGACGCCACCGAUCUGCUUUCACGAUGCGAACUCGCCCACAAACUCAAAUCGAAACCCAUGCAGCUCUCUGGCGGUCAGAAGCGACGUCUGCAGACCGCAGCAGCGCUGGUCGGUCAGUCAACGUUCCUCAUGUUUGACGAAGCAACAUCUGGCCUGGACCCGUUGUCGCGUCGUGCUAUCUGGAAGAUCUUGCUCAACGAAAGAGGGAGGCGCUCGAUCCUGCUGACGAGUCAUUUCCUGGACGAGGCGGACCUGCUUGGUGACCACAUUGUCAUCUUGGCAGCGCCAGGCAAGAAGCUGUGCCAAGGCACGCCGAUCGAGCUCAAGACACGGUUCGGACAGGGAAGCACCAUUCACGUGUCUCCUGCCGGAACUGGGGUGCUUUCGCUCCUGGAAUUCGUGUGUCCUGGAACGAAGCAGAUCGAAGCGAUCGAGCCAGGUCAGGAUUCUUUCUUGAUUCCGUCGACCGAACAAACGCACGUGGCGCAAGCGCUAGAAGCGAUCGAACAGCAAAAGACGGCUCUUGGCAUCGCGAGCUACGAUGUAGCCGGCCCGUCUCUCGAGAGCGUCUUCCUCACGCUCAACUCGGAGCACGCCAGAUCGAAUGGCAGACAGGAAGAGGUCGACGAAAUGGAAGGCAAUGUCGGUCAUCGACACGAUCAGUCUGGAUUGUCUGACGGUGCAGUUGCGAGCGUCUUUGCUCUCACGCUUGCACAGCUUGGCAAGCGCGUCAUGCUGUACCGUCGCAUCUACUUCCCAGCCAUCUUUGCGAUUCUCGUCGCCGUCGUUGGAUCGAUUGUGCCUCUUGCCUUCUUCUCGAACCGAGAUCCAUCGUGCACUCGCGGCUUUACGGAUCGUCGCAUCAUCCAAGGAGCCACCUUCUGGGACAACGCCACUUCCACGACAGAGCUGCUGUACGCUGCACCCGUCGCCAACGCGCAGACAGUCUUCGGGACCGGCUUCGACCUGACUUCGAUCGAAUUCGAUCGCGUGCCUCUCGACCAGUACAACUCGUCCAUCGAGAGGCUUUGGAACGCAAACAUGCGAGGUGUAGGAGGCAUCGCGCUUCCUGGUGAUACGGCGGGUGCAAGAGUUCAGUUCUCGUAUCUUGCUGACCAAGGACCGAUCUUCCCCAUCGCGGCUCUCAAUUUGGUCAGCAAUGCCGGCUUGGCCAGUCUUCGAAACGGCGACUCGGACGGCGCGCCCACCAUUACCACAUCGUACCGUCCGCUUAGCUUGCUCUCCCUCGGCAGCGGGCUUGGCUCAGCGCUCAAGUGGGCGGUCGUCUUUGGACUGGUCCAAGCAGUCUGGCCUGCCUUUGCCGCGCUGUACCCCUCGGCAGAGCGCAACAACCGCGUCAAGGCGAUGGCACUCACCAACGGCAUGCGGGCUGUCCCACUCUGGCUUGGCCACCUCAUCGCCGAGAUUCCCGUCAUCGUCAUCAGCACAGUCCCCGUGGCCGUCGUGUACGCCUUUGCCUCGAAGCAAUUCGCGGGCGAGGGCGUCUUUUGGGUCGUCCUCUUUCUGUACGGCAUCGCUGCGACACUGCAGAGCUUCGUUGUGUCGCUGUUCGCACCCAAUCAGCUUGCGGCGUUUGCGAUCGUGGCGGCAUGGAACGUGCUCGCUUUCCUGAUCUACUUUGCGACGACCAUGCUAACGGUGACGUACUACGUGGGCAAUGGGCUGGUUGGUGCUUUGGACGCAGGCUACUACGUGGAAGCAUUGCUGGCACCGAGCGUCAGCAUGACCAGAGCCGGCUUCGUCAGCGUCAACCUCUUCAAUCUGCAGUGCAAUGGUAGGGGAGGGUACAAGAGCGGCGGCAUUGGUGCGAUCGAAUUGCUCGGCGCACCGAUCGUGUACACGAUUGCCUGGGCGCUGGCGUGCUUCGCGAUCCUGGUCGCUCACGAUUCGGGCUAUCCGCUUCUGCCGUCCGGACUGGCAUUCUUGCGCAGAAAGCGUCGUUCCAAGGCAUCGGAAGACAUCGGCGAGGAAGAGUCGAAGGUGCAGCCAGUGGGCCAAGGCGUGCGUGAAGAAGCGCUGCGCCUGGACUCGCCCGAAUGCGACGACGUCCUCCAAGCCAAACACCUCGACAAAUCGUACGGCAAGCUGCUUGCCGUCGACGACGUCUCUCUCGGUGUCCGCCGAGAAGAGACUGUCGCGCUCCUCGGCAUCAAUGGUGGAGGCAAGACGACAACCCACUCGCUGAUCCGUGGCGAGCUCACUCCCGACUCUGGCAGCGUCACGAUCGCCGGCAUUGGCGUGGCGCAACAGCGUACUUUGGCACGCUCACACAUCGCCUCGGUCCCGCAGUUUGACGGUCUCGAUCCCUUACUCACGGUCGAGCAGCAUCUACGCACGUACGCGCGUGUCAAGGGUGUCCCUCGCUCGCAGCGCGCCGACAACGUGGUGGCCGUGAUGCAUCUGACCAACCUCACGCAGUACGCAUCUCGCCGUGCCGGGGCGCUAUCAGGGGGCAACAUGCGCAAGCUCUCCCUAGCCAUCGCACUUCUCGGCAACCCAUCGGUAUUGUUGCUCGACGAGCUGUCGUCCGGUGUUGAUUCAUGGACGAAACGUGGGCUAUGGCAGACGCUGCGUCGGGCAGGCCAAGGGCGAGCGACACUGCUCACCUCGCACAGCAUGGAAGAAGCGGCAGCGCUAGCCUCACGAGUCGCCAUUCAGGCCUCCCGCAUCCUCGCCAUCGACACCAUCGGCAACCUCCGCAAGAGCCAUCCGAGCUACGAACUUCAGCUCGACAUUGCCGAGCAGCACCGUGGCUCGCCCGAAGCGUACGCGAGAGUGCAGCGGUUCGUAACAACGCUCUUCCCGACGGCAAAGACGAGCGACGAGGCGAGCGCGCGGUUUGAGAUCCCGCUCGACGCGGGCGACAGCGUAGCUGGGUUGUUCAGGAAGCUGGAGUUGGCGAAAUCGGAGAGAGAGCAGGCGGGAGUGGUGGGAUAUCAAAUCAGUCCUGUUUCGUUGGAGAGUCUCUUCUUGCAGAUUGUGAGGCAGGCACAGUCGGAUGCGGCGCGAGACGAGAUCGGCCGGCAUCACAAGUGA